AUGUCGAGCGAGCGGGAGGAAGCAGAGCACGCAGCAGAGCACGCCCGCCGGCAGGCUCUUUCACCGGAGGAAAGACGACAAGAGGACAUUGGAUCCGAUAAACGCAAUCUUAUGCGCCAUCUGAAGCCGCAGUUUUUGUCUGGCUUCUCUGGUGAUGCUCAAUUAUCUCACUAUCCCAUCUUCCUGCUACAGAAAGCACCUGACUCGCGUAAUGGAGCAACCUGCCGGGGGAUUUCUUGUACCGAUCGUAUCCUUCCCGGUGAUUAUAGGAUUGCAGUGUCCCCGGGCCGUAAUGUAUACGGAAGCCCAGACUACUAUCAUGUGCAUUGUUUCGAGGAACUUCUCGACCUGACGUCGCCACAUUUUGUUUCGCGCUUCGAGCCCGCCAUAACGAAGUACAUUCCUGACCAUGGAGCACAGUGCAUUUUGGAGGAAUGCACUCGCAAAUGGAAAAGUCAAAUAGAAAGUGCAAACACCGAACCGCACGAGUGGAGCAUAGCAGAUGGCCAUUGGGAACAGAUCAGGCAAAGCUCGCGCCGGGCCCGGCAGGAGGCGUAUCUCGAAUAUCAACGAAUGAACCUGAUUGACGCGGCUCCUGAAGCUGAUGACUCUCCCAGCAUGCCCGGUUCUGACUGGAAUAUCGCGGAUUAUAUUCCUUCUGAAAGUGACCCUGCAUAUGAUGCACGAACCUUGUUGAGCAGAGCGCUUACAGAAUGGAAAAACGAUCUGAGACUGGUAUUUUCAGAAAUAACAGAAUUGAGUGACGAAGAACGUAUUGAGAGGGAGGCUUUGGGUAACUCAAUUAGACAGAUCAAGAGCUAUGGAGUUGUGCGAAUGCCGAAUCUCAUGCCCUUGUACUGGGACUAG